AUGGGGAAGAAAUCCAACAGAUUCUUGAACUUCACCACACCUCCACCGCUGUCCAGGCACCCAUGGAUCUAUGUGAAUGAUCCGACAACCAACACCCCCCAUGCCACCAGUCUCCAGGACUUGAUUGGUGACUGUAUCGUCUCCCAUCACACCCGGCACGACGGCGACCUCUCCUCGACGCAAGAAUCGGAGACUGAGAAGAUGGCCGUCUGUCUUGAUAUGCUCAAGGACGACACCUUCAGCGCCGGCCAGAAUGUUUUUCUCAUUACGGAGCAUCUCGCCGACUCCAAGACUGCGGAUAAGCUCGAGACUGCCAGGAAGUUCCGCGAGCAGGCUAUCAAGGGUGGACGCAACUUUGCCAGCGUGAAUCUUUAUCUUCAGGACGGAACAAAGAAGAAGGAGAAGGCCAAAUGGGGCCCGAAUCAUCUGGAGCUGGGUAUCACAAAUAUGACCGUCAAGGAAGUCGCGCAAGAGAUCUACCAAUGGCUAUGUAUGGACCUCCCCGCCGCUCCCCUUGUAAUCGAUUUGUUUUUGGCAUACUGCGCCUCGAACUUACAUAUAUCCGCGUCGCUUUCAGUCACGGUCUUGUCCCCAGCCGAGCACGUCCACCUCAUCCCACGCGCCAGAUUGCUCGCCGUCGAUAAGCGUAAUUUCGCCGACUACGCAUACUGCCCAAUCGCCGACACCAAGAGCCGCCCGAUGGAUGCCAAGAUCCAGUUCGUUGUUGUCAUCAUUACGAAGCCCGUCGUGGUUCCGAACACCCAACGCCUCCAAUGGACCGUGGCCGACAAGUCUGGCAUGGGAAAUUUCUACUUCCAAUACCGCGGUGACACCUCGCAGUACACCUGGGAUUGGGUUCUGGCCCUCAAACCAGGAGACGUCAAGGCCCUCCCGCGCAUGCCGAUGGUUCAAGUCAAGGAAUCGCGUCACCUGCGGUUCGCUAAAUUCCCGCUGCGUACCGCAGGUUCCGCCAUGACGGGGAUUGGUCUGGCGCUCAAGACCGUGGGUCACGGCGUCGCCAAGCUCGGCGACAUCACGUCCAUGGGUAAGUCGUCGGAAUGGGUCCCUUCGGGUGACGUCGUCGUCGACGAGAAGGAUGGCAAGGUCAAGAAGAUCGAUUGGGCGGCCAAAUUUGCGCAGGAGAGCAAGGACCGCAAGGCAAAGUUUGAGGAGACGCAACGUGGACGCUGUGCCAAGUUGAAGGCCGCCGUGAAAAAGCAUGGUCUGCCGAAAGAAAAGGAUGGGGAGAGUAUGGGAGACUCGAACACGUUGAGAGGCAGCGAGUAUGAGAACGAAAAGGCCAUUGUGUCAGAGAAGGAGUUCUGCUGA